AUGAACCACCAAGUCCAGGGUUUGGUGCUUGUUGACAAUGAGUGGGUGUCAAGACCGCUCGACGUCUACCAAAUCAUGGCACGAGCGCAGCAAGAUGACACCGAGAUGCUCGAGCCUGCCGUCAAGCCGGCCAGCCAUCCUCAGGUACCGGGGUACGGCAUUCUCUCCAGGACAGUCCUUCCGAGUCCCCUCUUCAAGUUCAUUCUGCCCGCCACCAUACGUCACAAGGAUUUGAACGACAUCGUGCUAGUAGGUGAAGACUCAAUACAGCUCGUCCAGAUCCAUGAUUAUGGUCGCCUUCGCCAUGCCGCGACCAAGUCAGACUUCAGCGGCCGAAUUCUCACAUCGCGAGUGUUCGGCGACGCCCGCGCGGUUCACAUCAGCGGGAGCGUGGGCAUUCCGCUGCCCAAAGCCCAGAAUAUGCACAGAGGCACGCGGUCAACCAACAGAAGCGAGAACCACAUGUUGCCUCCAGAAGUAGCUGUCCUGACACUGUCAUCGCGGACGUUGGUGUUCUUGUGGGCUCAGCACAGCGCAGCGGGCAAACCCGUCUUUCGACAAAAGACUGUCAGGCUCCCCGCUGGAUCAUCGCGUUUCGAUCGUCUUGGUCAAUACCUCGCAACAGAUCCCAAAUGCCGGGCCUUGGCCGUGGCAGCUUACGAAGGACGAUUUAUGCUCUACAAGACCAAAUCUAUGCAAACAUGGCACAAAGAACUGGCAAACGGCGACGAUACAACACCAAUCGAAGACGAACGCAUCAUUGCGAUUGAGGGUCGUGUCAUGCACAUGGAGUUUCUCUCAACAGCGGCUGGCCAGGAUGAUUUCCAUGUAGUCCUUUUGUUCAUCGUUGCGCAUCAGGGGCUAACGAAGAUGACCUGUUUCGACUGGGACUGUAGAUACGAUCUCGAUACUGUGACUGCUCGCACGGAACGGGUCUUGGUCGAUCUGGACGAUCAGAAUCCGUCAUUACUUAUUCCACUUGGUCGAAGCCCCGAUUUUUUGCUGAUCUUCGAGACACAUGUAUGCGUUUACAAAGACGUCUUGUCCGGUGCUCCACAGCGCACAGUCGUUCCUAUACCCGUCCACAUUCUGCGCUCGAUUCGUCCGGGUGACAGCACACAUCGGCCGCGAUGGGUACAGUGGGACAAGACCCCUCGCAAUCCCGACUUUCCCAAGGAAGCAUUCUACAUCGCACGCGAAGACGGCCGCGUCAUGUACAUAGAGCAGGGCCCCGCAGAUGCUCUUGAUAUGGAUGAUGCAGGCGAGUGGCCGUAUCGGAUCGACACAGCAUUUGCCUGCCUCAGCGUCGAUAACUCGGAAUUCUCGCAAUCGUAUCCAGACGUACUCAUGGCAGGGGCCGCAGGGAAUGAUGGACUCCUUUGUAGGGUCGGUUCGUGGCCAACGGAGUACUCUUAUGCAACACAAUACCCAGCCAUGAAUCAAUUCACGUAUGUGGAAUCGAUGCCAAACUGGAGCCCGCUCACAGGGCUCUGUGUGACGGAUUUGCCAGGCAUUCGGAAUCCCUUUGAACGCGAGCGAGCUGCACUGUUUGUAUCCAAUGGAGUUGCCCCGCACGGACAGUUAUCUGAGCUACGACUUGGGCUCCAAGCGGAGAUCGAUGGAUCAUUUAGCGGCAUGAACGGUUGUACUGGUCUUUGGGUGAUGCACCAUGGUAGUCAAACCGUGGAACUCGAUGGGAAAUGUGCAAGACAGCACUAUGCUUUGGUAGUUGUAACACUGCCGCUCGAAACUCUACUUCUACGGCUCGUUCGUACGCAACCAGAAAGUCGUGGGGGUUUUUCUGGUGCCUGGGACGAUGGAGUUUGGAACGAAACUCAAUUGCCAAAUGAAGACGAGCCUGUCGAUGAUGGAAUCAACAGAACUGAAGAGACUAUUUCGGCCUGUAUGUUAGCGGAGGGCUUCUCGGUACAGAUCACUCGCAACGACGCCCAGAUACUCGCUCCUCCCAACCUGGCCUUGAGCGACAAGAUCCAGUUCCACACGCCAAUACUACUCGCUGCUUCGAAGUCCGGUUUCCCCUUCAUUGCAACUACCUUCAGAGAUUAUGGAAACCCCUACCUGGACGUCACGUCAGUACUGGAGGGAGGCACGUUCAGGAGAUCCAGACAAGAAAAGUCACGUCAUCCGUUGAGCGCCGAUCCGACCUGCAUAGAGCUUCUUGAAGUUGGCGGACAACCUCACAUCUUGGUGGGCACGCUCGAUUCGAAAGUGACUCUUUUCCAAGUCAUGCAUGAGUAUGAAGUGUCUAAAAUCUUCGAGUCUUCUCUCGACGAUGUCAACCCUGCUGGACGUUUACGGACACUGUGUGAGAGUGCCGUUCUAUUGACCUCGGGUGCAGACCAUAUCUUAGUCUGCGCUACCCGAGAAGGGCUCCUCCUUAGCCGUAACAUCCACGGAAUCAAAUCUGACCUGCCGAUAACACCACUGGUUGAUCCCCACAUACAAUCCGGAGCACCGACUGCCAAAAAAAGAUCAGGCUGGGACAUCACGAAGAUGGGGUCGACUUCAGCCCAGAUCUACGCAUGCUCUACCGACCAUGCAGCUGCAUUCGUGUCAUGCGGAUCAGACUUUUGCAGAGUUCGCUGCUCCGCAAGUCUGCCUUCAGUCAUGGAUGUUGAGUCCGUAUGGUUUACUAAUCGCGCAAGUCCCGGGUACCUCCAAAGUCCGGUCACUGCGACUUACCAGCUCCCUUACAAGGCAGGAACAGAAAGCACGAUUGAAAGGAACUUGGAUGGCUUUCUUUUCGUCGUUUCUGGUGACCAGAUGCUCUACACGCAGCUUGAUAUUGAUAUCAAACGGAGUAACCACGUUUCACAAUCAUAUUUCGGGGAUGAGGACAAGCCUAAAGUACUGCCACGAAAGCUGAUGACAGGCGGCAAACCUUCACACGCAGCUUACCUGGCAUUGCCGCGAAAAAUGCUCGCAGCGACAGUUGAGGCCAAGGAACUGUGUGCGCCGCCAGACGGGUACCGGGUGAUACACUCAGCACUCAUUUUAUUGAAUGUGCACGACGACAAAUCCCUCGAUGAGGUUGAGAUAAAGAAGGAAGUAGAAGUCGGGCUUGCUGACAGACUAGUCGUGGCGCACUAUGCUCUCAAUCACGCUGAACGUGUCUACUCAAUUGUCGAUUGGCCUUUCGAGGACAACCGAGGCAAGAAAUACAACCUUGUGAUUGUGGGCACUGGAAUUGGAACAGGGCCCGGCAAGGAGACUGGGAGAAGACUCAUUUUCAACCUGGGCCAGCGUGGUUCGAAAUUAUCGUUACAGAAAGAGUCAACGUAUCCUCAUCCCCUCUAUUGUAUUGCCUUGUUUAACAACCGCGCUACUGUGAGCGUUAUUGGUAAGCUCUUAUCAUUUGAUGAGUUUGACGCGCAGCUUGGCAGAUGGAUCAAUCGUGGAUCCAAAGAGCUCCCCUCACCCGGAAUACACGUCACAGUCUCGAAGUCUAUGAUCUUUGUAUCUACGCUACAGCAUUCCCAUCUAUGUUACGAAGUUGUUCGUCAGCCUGAUGAUUCAAGAGUUGACAUUGUACAACUGUUCACCGACAGCCGCGAACGCUCGUGUACCCAUCAUCUUGCACUUCACGCCAACGACCUCCGAAACGAUGCCGCAGUAGGGGAAGAAUCGCUUGUCCUACUCACAGACAAGAAGACUGCGACAAUUUCUGGCCUGUAUCACUCCGGCGAGGUUGCUUUCAAGAAUGCCGCAACAACUUUGUUUGAGGCACGCCUUCCACGAACGGUCGUUCGCCUUCAGCGUGGAGAUAUUCGUCCGGCCUGGCGUCGACCUUCACGCUUCACCAAGCGCUCGGACAGGCUCGAAGGUAUCCUCGUCGACGACAUCAUAGGUGCCUGCUCUGAUGGUACCAUCUACGCCUUUUCCAUCAUGUCUGAGCCUGCACAUGUUAUCUUGCGUCUGCUGCAGAACCUCGUCGAACUGAAGCAAGCUCGCGACCCAGCGAGACAGUUCACUAUCGUCAAACAUCGGAGUGGGGACAUAUUUGAUGUUCUCAUGAACGGUGCUGAUGGAGCGCAAGAUUGCGCGAUCCGUGCUCGAGACGUUGAUCCAAGGCACAGGGAGCGUGAAGUGUCUGCACCUAAGAAUAGCCAUAUCGAUGGUGAUGUACUGCUGAAAUUUUUCAACGAAGGUGGCGAUCUUCGAGAUCUAAUCUCGACACAUGUAGAACCUGAGGUAACGGCAUUGCUGGAAGAGCUUGGGAGAAGUUUACUGUUGCAUAAUGGCUACUACCUGCAGGAUGGACAUGCUAGCGCGGCUAACAUCUUAGUUUGCAUUAAAGAGUGGAUGGACGAGGUACUUAUGCCUUUACUAUAG